GCAACCAAUCAGCGCCCGACAUAGGCUCCCUAGUGACCAAAUUCCAGCUUAGGUCCUAAAAACCAAUAACAUUUGCGCAGAUUGCUGCUGGGGCCCCGCACGACCAAUGAGUUUGUGACCAAUCAGAUUGCGGCUCUCGUUCCCUCAGAAGCCCGUUCGUAGAAGAAAACCGCCUCCUGAUUGGUCCACUGUGCGGCGUCACCGCCUCCUCCCGCCGCCAGGGGCCGCUGUCUCACCGCUCUCUAUGACCGGUCGGAUCUUGUUGCCUUAGUGGUGACGUCAGUGCCGUGCAGCCUGCCAAGAUGGCGGCGUUCUGUGAGGGGUUCAUGCUGUGCGGGCUGGUGUCCGGGGCUGAGCGGAGGCGACAUCGGGACGGGCUGCAGGGAGUGGAGGAGGCCGGGGAACGGGACACGGUGCUGGUGACGGAUGGCGGGAGGACGGUGACCGUGUACAAGGUGUCGGACCAGAGGCCUCUGGGUAGUUGGGCAGUCAGACAGGGGCAGCAGAUCACGUGCCCGGCGGUUUACAAUCACAGCAGUGGGGAGUACGUGGUGGUACAUGAUGAGAAGGUCCUCAGAGUUUGGCGAGACGAUGACGUCAGCCUAGAUAAAGUGUUUAAAGCCACGCUCUCCGCUGACGUCUGUCGGCUCCACAGUCUCCCGGACACCGAGCCGCUCGUCUUGUUUCGCGGAGGAGCCGUCCGCCAUUUGGAUGUUUUGCUUACAAAUCCACAACAAGAAAUAGAGAGGAUUGUAAGAGAAGAUGAGAAAAUCAUCUGGUCGCAGGCAUUCAUAGAUGGCGGGCAGCCUGUGUUGAUUUUCAUUACAGAGAAGAAUCCGGAUUGUUUCGUAUACACGUGGCGUCCCACGUUCAGCGCCUGUCAGAGGCGGCGGCUGCUGCCGGCUGAAGAUGGCUCCAGUGUUUUGCAUUUUGCAGCAGUCAUUAAGAACAGAAUGGUGUCUCUGGUUUUAUUAUACUCCAGCGGACACGUGCGCCAUUCCGAAGUGUCCUUUACACCAUGUGACCAGGAGGAAGAGCCGCAGCUUCUGGUGUCCCAUCUUCUCAAGCUGCCGGAGCCGGCGGACACUGGCGCCUUAGUCAUUCUUCACAACUCCUACAUAGCAACGCUUACACCCAGCGCUGCACGACAGAAAGAUUGCCUAUGUAUUUGGAACACUUCUUUCCAGACUUUACAGGAUAGCAAGGAGUUUUCACAGAAAACAUGGACACAGCUCUGGAGUUAUGAUGGUAAGCUGUACGUCCCGCAUGCAAACUCCCUUCUGGUAUUGCCGUACACCUGCGAGCCGUCAAGUCUGGCGUCAGUGCUCGGCAAGGGCAGAGAAGCUCACCAAUCAGCCCCGGAAGCCGUGACCAUAAUGAACUGGGAAGCGCUGGCUGGGAAAACCGAACAACCCAAACCACCUGCAUCCCGGAGAACUGUUAGAGGAAAAAAGGUUCAGAGCCGCGGGGAGGAGACUACUUCCUAUUCGGACAUCCUGUCAGACAUCCAGACAGCCCCAGAAACUCAGAUCCAUGCACUGGUGCAGCGCAUCUGGAUGACGACGGAGCUGCCGCAUUUCCAGUUGGCCCUAAGCAGAGCCACACACGGAUUGGUGACCCGCUGCAGGAAAGAGCCCACGUUCUACCCACAGAGCUCCCUCAUCAAACUCGCUGAGUCUGGUGUGUUAUCCUACAGCUUGUGCCCGGAGUUGAUGACGUUGUGUCUGGAGAAGCAGGAUGUGCAGACGUUGCAGAUGUGCCUGGAGCACUUCGUAGAUAUACCAGAAGAUGUGCUCUGCUCCUGUUUAAAGUUGUUCCUCAGUGUCAGUGAAGAAAACCUCAGCAAGGCGACCAUCAGCACCAAGUCUGCAGCGUGUUACAUCAAAGAGAGUGACCCCACGGAAGAGGCGAUGGACACCGCACCCGUCAUACAGAAUGGCUUCAGCCCCCCCACCGCAGAGGACAGCUGUGAUGUCCAAAUGUUGGAGAAGAUUCCCAAAGGGACCAAGCUGAGCUCCCCGGUCACCCUAAGGCGCGCCGUCCUCUUAAAUUCAGUCCUCCUCUCCCCGUACAGCGAGAGCUUUCUCCUGCCUCACCUGAAGGACCUGGCCUCUGAACAAGUUGUGCUCUUCCUCAGUUACCUAAAUCACCUGUACAAGAUAUGCAGCGAGAACGUGGGUCUGAACCUCCCAGGAGAGGAGCGGCUGUCCGUCACACAGGUCAUAGACUGGAUGAACCUGAUGCUUGAUGCCAACUUCACAGUAUUGGUUCUGCUGCCGAAAGCUAAACCCCUCCUCCGCACACUGCAGAAGUUUGUGAGAUCACAGAUGAAAUUUUUCUCCGAGUUGAACAAGAUAGAAGGAAGUUUAUCAGAAUUACAGAAGUCACGACGAGUGUCACAAAACCACGGGCGAUACUCCAUCGAGGUCCUGGAGCUCUAUUAGUAGGACGGACAUUUUUAUAGGAUUAUUCUUAUUAUUCUCCAAGUUUUGUAUGAAAUAAAGUGACUCUGCUACGCCAGAUCCUUGUGUUCAGAGAUGGCCGCCGCUGCUUGGACUAUGGUUUUUGUGCUGCUCUGUGAACUCUUGGCCGGGCAGAUUCUUGUGCAUGAUGGUUGUUUAGGUAAAAUAAGACAAGUUCUUUGUUCUAAGAUCUUGUUCUGUGCUAUCUGAGGAUGCUGGGGGUUGUAGUUAUGCAACAGCUGGGGUCACACUGUUUCUACAUUGGUGUAGAUAAAGGUAUGGUGCAGUAUUGGUGGUAACAGUGGUUGAGAAGUCAAGAGCAUUGAAGACCACGCUGAACGUACAAAGGAACAAAAACCGCUGAA